AAAAAAAAAAAAAAAAAAAAAAAAAAAAUUAUUUAAAUAAAAGGGAAAGUAGCUGUUGGUCGUGUUGCAUGCCUUUAAUCUCAGCACUAGGGAGGCCGAGGCAGGAGGCAGCAGACAAGAGGGUCAUCCAUCUUCAACCUACAGGCUUAGCAUAUCUGACAAACUUUUCUGUGAAGCAGGGUAUUUGAAGGACCUUCCUACCUUGUCUUGGCAAGGCUUGGCAGUCUUUUCUUUUGUGUCCUACUCGUCCAGUUUGGACAGCAUCCUGUCAGCAGUCAGGACAAGGGCAUUUUCUUGCUCAGUGGCUAACUUUUGCCACAGUGGAAGUAAACUCCAUAAAGAGUUUCUUCAAUGCCCAUCAUCUUCUCUGAAGUAGAUUGGUGCUGCUAGGAGCAGACAUGUCUCAUUGUCAUUUAAAAAAAAAUCUAUGUUAUUAAAACAUCUUAAAUGCCAUAUUCUGUAGAUCUCUGAAGUGUUUGAAGAUGACCUGUCUAUCAAAAAUAUAUCUGUUUAACCUUGAAAACAUACCUAACUGGACUACAAAUUUAAUUGUAAUGACUAACUACUAACUUGAAUUUCUUUAUAUCCUAAUUAGCUUUCAAGGACUGUCAAUUUGCAUUACAUUGUUAAAUGAACUGUGUAGGCACAAUACCUUGAACAAGAGUAGAAAUAGAUGUACAAUAUAUUCUAACAAAAUUAAUCUCAAAUAUGUGUCAACAUGCAAAAUUUGUAUACAAUAUACAAAAAUCCAAUCCAAUGUAAAAUAUUUAAAACUAGUAGUUGCUUUUUAAAAGUAGAUUCAAUAAUCUACAGUUUUAUCAUAUCCAUAUUCUCCCUUUUUUCUUUUCAGAGUAGAUUCAAUAAUCUACUUUUUUAUCCUAACAUUUCUAUAUAUUUUUUUCAGAGUAGAUUUAACAAUCUACCUUUUAUCUUAUUGUAUCUAUAUCAUCUUUUUUUCUUUUCCUUUUUUUCAAACAAGAACCCUGAAUCUAAUCUCCUUUGCUUAGCUUUUUUCCUGACCAUUACCAAUAACAACUUCAAUCAACCACCAAAACAAUGACAAAUAUCCAUAACUCAUCGAACAACCAACAACCACCCACCCCGCCUCUCGGGAAUGUGUGGGUCCUGUUCUUCAAUUUACUUCCUGCCAUCUGUGGGCGAAGGCAUCUUUAGGGGAUCCUGAAAAGAAAAAUUUGGGGCUAAUUGUCAAAUCAUGGAAGAAGUAGCUGUAUCAUUUGUUGUCCAGUCUCUGUGUAAGGGGAAAGUGCUGGGCUAGUCCUGGCUAGUGUAGUCUGUGAGGCUAGAUUAUGUUAGCUAGCCAUCUUAAAAUUGUCCUGAGCAGUUUGUAGUUCAAAGCCGAUCCUUAGGUAGUGUUUGUCAGGUUAAUGGUGUUAUCAUCGUCCUGAUGGAAUCAUCGUUGUAGGAUCCCGUCAUCUUUUUGGAGACUUCAGAGAUAGCAUUAGGUCAGAUUAUUCCUUUUCUUAGUGAUUUUUUUGGGAUAGUUCUCCCUUCUUCUUUGGAUGCUUAUUUGUCCAAAUGUCUUUAAAUUAUUUAAUAUGGUUGUUUUUAGUUUCCUGAAAAGACAAAAACAAAAUCCUACCCCAACUCUAACUUUGGGGAGUUUCUAAAUUUAAUCUUUAUCAAUUUUGAUUUAUGGUUUCUCCUGAUUUUCUGUUCUCUCUUCUGUAGCUGUUCUAUCAUACAGAGCAGUGUGGUUUUUUACAAUAGACAUUAGGUUCUUUCAUUGCUCUGGGAAGGAGUUUCUUUCAUGAUGGCAGGAAAGGACUGAACUGAAGUUACCAUAGGGGCCUGGGAGAGGCCCCUCGGGGUGUUUCAUCACAGCAAAAGGUAAGGGAUUACUUGUCUGUCCCUUGUUGAUCUCCAUUCAUUAGUCCAGUGUCUGCCUUUACCACACCUUCUGCAUAAUCCAGAAGGGAGGGGCAUUCUGUUAGAAUUAUUCCUUGAAAAAAUAUUAUUUUUAGGAAUGCCUUGCUUACAGUCCUUUUCCAGGUGGCUUUGUUUACUGCCAUUGAAACCUUUGAAAUUAGUAUUUUUCUCCAAACCUCUUGAAAUCACCUCUCCUAUCCAAGCAUCAUCAUGGUCAUGAGAUUCAAUAUUGAUUGAAUUGAAUCCAUUCCUCCAAGGGUACUGGUCUUGCUUUUAAUUGCGUAACUAUCCUUUUGCAUUGUGCAUUAGCAUUUUCAAAAGCCAGAGAUUCAAUUAUUACUUGUCUAGCUUCUGAAUUUGGUAUCAUUCUAUUUACUGCUUAUGAACAUGAAUAGUCCUGUCUCCACCUGGCCAUUUCCCUCCCUUUGCUAGACUGUGCCAAUUGUCUGUUGAGCUACCCUUAAGUUUAGGUGAGUGAGGAAGGAGCCAGAAACUGGGCAAAAAUAAAACUACCUUCCUUUUGACAUCCUGGUUUGUUUUUGUUUUUGUUUUUUUCUUGUGAAUGGUCCAGGAAUAUAGGAAUAUAGGUAUAUAGGAAUAAGACAGGAAUAUAGGAAUAAGACAGGAAUAUAGGAAUAUAGGUAUAUAGGAAUAAGACAGGAAUAUAGGAAUAAGACAGGAAUAUAGGAAUAUAGGUAUAUAGGAAUAAGACAGGAAUAUAGGAAUAUAGGUAUAUAGGAAUAAGACAGGAAUAUAGGAAUAUAGGUAUAUAGGAAUAAGACAGGAAUAUAGGAAUAUAGGUAUAUAGGAAUAAGACAGGAAUAUAGGAAUAUAGGUAUAUAGGAAUAAGACAGGAAUAUAGGAAUAAGAUAGGAAUAUAGGUAUAUAGGAAUAAGACAGGAAUAUAGGAAUAAGACAGGAAUAUAGGAAUAAGAAGUUAUAAGCAAAAGAAAUGGAAGCUGACAGCCAUCAGCUCUGACAGCAAAUAGAGAUUAACCUUUAACUAGGCCUUUUUUUGUUUUAUGAUGGGCAUCGCUGUCAGCAACCCAAAUGUUAUUUUUUCCCUGCAGCCCUGGGAUUAGCUAUUCUCGAUGACCUCUGCCACUCACAACCAAAACCAAAGUUAACUUUAACGAGGUCUUCCUGACAACCUGCCUUGCACUGUUUCGUAUUCUCCCUGCCAUGGGAGGCCAGCUGUGUCAGGAAAAGCUGCAGGUUUUGGGCAAACAUCAGUUAGCCAUGUUGGGAAAGAUUUCAGGAAUAUACACAUAUCAAUGAGUUGAAACCCUCUAAAACCUUGUUAUUGGAAAACUGUUAAUCCUAAAAAGCAAUUUAUCUCUAAAAGUUUAACUUCGAAAUUGUAAAAAUUCUUUUGCCCAUGCCUAAUGUCUGCCCCUUACUAUAAAAAGGGGCUCCCUUACUAUAAAAGGGGCUCAUAACGCCCCCUACAGUUGCUACAGUUACAGAAUCCCGAACUCUGGCUGUGGUCUCAACUAGCUGACAAGCUUUUUGUGCCCCAUGGUGAUUUUUUUGGAAUAAAGUUUUCCUUCUGGUUUUCGACUGUGGUUUACACACCAUUAUUUUGCAUGUUCACUUGGACCCAACACUUGUUUUCUACAGGCUAAACCCACAGUCCAUAGUGUGGGUCACAGAGUUCUGCCCCAUCUCCACCCCCCUUGUUUUUUGAGAACAGCCAGUCUUAGUACUCUUUCCACAACCUCCCACUUGGGAUGUACCAAUUUUCCAGCUCAAAGAUCAAUUCUGCAUUACCCAUAUUGCAACACCCACACAAAGAUUCCCACCACUGUGCACCGGGGAGGAGAGGCUCAGAAACUCAGAAUCAGGUGAGUGGCAGAGUGGGGUGGCCACCGUUGCCCUUCCCAGCUACAGGUUCCAGUAUUCUUCCAGGGCCAGCUACUUCCUACACCUUGAUUAGUCUAUGUGACCCCUGCCUGGGCCUCUAGCCUCUCUGUUCUUUCCCCACACAUACUCCACCUCAGAAGAGCUUGUCUGAGAUCCCCCUCCCCUGCUCUUUCUUGGCUGGUUUUAGAAUCCCUUUUAGUAGAAAAUCUCUCCCUGGCUUGCAACACGCUUAGGAACCAAACUGGUUAUGCUCGUCUCAGAGCAAGAAAGAUAUCAGGUCUGGACGGUGUGGGGCAUUUCUGAAGGUAACAGAAGCUCAAGGAGGAAAAGGGAGGAGAGACCACCCAUGCGCCAGGGGCCGACCUUCCAGCUGCACAGGGCCAGUGCUCAGUUUCCUGAAACAUGCUGGAAUCUUCCCACAAAAUGUCAAACCCUGUAUUGAUUCUACCUCAGAGUGCUUUAAUGUCUGGACUAUGCUUGGGCACCAGGGACAUGCAAAGUUCUGCAGGAGAGCAGUGAUGUAGCCACAGUAGUGACCUUUGCUGGAGUUAGACUUGCCUCUGAUCCCAGGUCUACCUGCCACCUCAGUGAGCUGUCAGAGCCUCAGGAUCCCAAUCUUUUUUUUUUUUUUUUUUUAACAAUUUAUCUUUAUUUUAUGUGCAUUGGUGUAUGCAUGUAUGUCUGCGUGAGGGUGUCAGAUCUUAGAGUUACAGACACUUGUUAGCUGCCAUGUGGGUGCUGGGAAUUGAACCUGGGUCCUCUGGUAGAGCAGCUGGUGCUCUUAACCACUGAGCCAUCACUCCAGCCCCUCAGGAUCCCAAUCUUAAAGCAAGAAUUCAGCACAGUAUUGUGAACUUGUCCAAAAAGUGAGUCUUACAUUCUGUUCUCAAUGCAGCAACAUGGAGUUGAUGGAGGAUUUCUCCCGUCCACCACUGGUGCCGGUGAAGGGCAUCCCACUCAUCAAAUACUUUGCAGAGGCUAUUGGGCCAUUGCAGAACUUGACCGUCUGGCCCGAUGACUUGCUUAUCACCACAUACCCAAAGUCUGGUACUACCUGGAUGAGUGAGAUCCUGGACAUGAUCUACCAGGACGGCAAGCUAGAAAAGUGUCGCCGGGCCCCCAUCUAUGCCCGGGUGCCCUUCCUUGAGUUCAGAUGCCCAGGAGUUCCCUCAGGUCUUGAAUCUUUGGAAGAGACACCAGCCCCCCGGCUCCUUAAGACGCAUCUGCCCCUGUCCUUGCUUCCUCAGAGUCUGCUGGAUCAGAAGAUCAAGGUGAUCUACAUCGCUCGAAAUCCAAAGGAUGUGGCUGUCUCCUAUUAUAACUUCUACAACAUGGCCAAGGGGCUGUUCCCUGAUCCGGGUACCUGGGAGAGUUUCCUGGAGAACUUCAUGGAUGGGGAAGUGUCCUAUGGGUUGUGGUUCCAGCAUGUGAAGGAGUGGUGGGGGCUGACACACACUCACCCUGUUCUCUAUCUCUUCUAUGAAGACAUGAAGGAGGACCCCAAAAGGGAGAUCAAGAAGAUUCUGGAGUUUUUGGGGUACUCCCUGCCUGAGGAGACCGUGGAUCUCAUUGUUCACCACACAUCCUUCAAGAAGAUGAAGGAGAACCCCAUGGCCAACUACACCACCCUCUCUUCUCACCACAUGGACCACUCUGUUUCCCCCUUCAUGAGGAAAGGCAUUGCUGGGGACUGGAAAAACACCUUCACUGUGGCCCAGAAUGAGCGCUUUGAUGUUCAGUAUGCUGAGAAGAUGGCAGGUUGUGACCUCAUCUUUCGCUGGCAGGUCUGAGUGACAAUAUGACUAAUCACCCCAGAGAACUGUCGACACCACCAUAACACCUCCUUGGGGAUAAAUGAGCAUGGCUUCAACCUACCCCUCCAUUACAAGUCAAGGGGAGAACCUAAGCUGCAAGACUGAAGACCAACCAAGACAAACCUUGAGUUUCAAAAGGACUGGGAGUUAGUUCAAUGUCAUCCUGCUUGGCUGGCCUGUCAGGUCCUGGUUAGGGAACACCAAAAAGGAAAAAAGGUGUUUGGGUUUUUUGUUUGUUUGUUUGUUUGUUUGUUUGUUUUUUAAUGCCACAGGCAUAGGAUUGAGAAUUUAAGGACAGCCUAAAUGCUCUAAAACACAAAAGGUGAGGUGUGGUGGCAGCACAUGCCUUUAAUUCCAGCACAGAGAGGCAGAGGCAGGGAGACCUCUGUCUGAGAAAACGUAAGGAGUUCCAGGCCAGCCAGAGCCCCACAGUGGUACCUGAUUAAAAACAAGUGCACACUUGUAACCCGGCACUUUGAGAUAGAGACAGGAGAACCAUAUAGAUGCUCAGGGUCAUUCUGCUCCACCACAGAGCAAAUUCCAGGCCAGCCUUGGCUCCUCACAGCCUGUAUCAAAGUGAGGGAAAAGAGGAGGCGUAGUGCUGCCAGGACGUGGGCUCCACAGCAGUCAGGUCCAGCUGGGGCCACAGGGCAGGGCUGUUUCCACAGCACUGGAAAGAAUACAAAAACAAAGAACUGGUGCCAGAACAGCUGGGCCUCUUCCCAUCGCACAUCCUGCCGUAUGGGGGUGGUGGGGGGUGGUGUAAGCUUGAUGGGGGCUGUGGUGCAGUAUUUAAACUUGAUCAAAAUAAAACCCUAGUUGUCUUUCCCAAGAGGACACCACUGGCUGAUAUAGGCCUGCCAGUCAGCUUUCCCUUUUCUGGGCUCCAUGAGGUUGUGGGUCCCUAGGAUGGGUGAAGGGGGACCUAAUAUCCAUUUGUGCCUUUGUUGGCUUUCUACCCUUAGCAACAGGUGGUAAGCAUCCAUUGCUUUAUGAGUCUCUCCCCCAGCAGAGAUUCUCUCUAUCUGAAACCCAGCCCAUCUCCUCUGUAUGUGAUGGGUCUCUCUGUACCUGUCAUACCACAGGGAGAGGAGGUUGGGGUGCCCAUUCUUACUCCAGCCAAAUAACAACCAGAGACAGAGACCCAGUCCCUGCUACAGAAGGGGCUCAUAGAAGCUUUUCAGGAGUUCUCAACUUCCUAAUGCUGUGACCCUUUACUACAGUUCCUCAUGUUAUAGUGACCCCCAACCAUGAAAUUAUUUUGUUGCUACUUCAUAACUGUAAUUUUGUGACUGUUAUGAAUCAGAAGGUAAGUAUCUGAUAUGCACGAUAUCUGACAUGUGACCCCCGUGUAAGGGUCAUUCUACCCCCAAGGGAAUCAUGACCCACAGGUUGAGAACUGCUGCUUUAGACAAAUAUGAAAAAUGGAGGGAGAGCCAGGUGGUGGUAGCACAUGUUUUUUUUGUUUUUGUUUUGUUUUUGCGAUAGGGUUUCACUCCAUGGCUUUGGAGCAUGUCCUGGAACUUGCUCUGUUGCCCAGGCUGGCCUCGAACUCACAGAGAUCCACAUGUCUCUGCCUCCCCAGUGCUGGGAAUGAAAGUCCCAGCACUGGGGAGGCAGAGGCAGGUGGAUAUCUGAGCCAGCCUGGUCUACAGAGUCAGUUCUAGGACUGCUUGGGCUGUUACACAGAGAAACCCUGUCUCAAAAAAGACAAACAAACAAAAUUGUGAUUUGAAAAAAAAAAUCAAAAAGGAGGGAAAGGAAUCACCAGAUAGUAAACUCUAAAUCCAAAUAAAUCCCAGGCCCCACAGGCUGGAGAGACGGCUUAGCAAUUAAGAGCACUUGCUGCUCUAGUACAGGACCUGAUUUCUGUUCAGUAUCCAUACUGGGCACCUCACACCAGCCUGUGACACUAGCUCCAGGGAAGAGAUGCCUCUGGCCAUCACAGCCACCUGCACUCACAGACAUAUAUAUCACCGAACACACACACAUAAUUAAAAAUAAUCUUAGCUGUCUUAAGAGCCCUGGCUGCUCUUUCCAAAGGUUCUGAGUUCAAUUUCCAGCAACCACAUGGUGGCUCACAACCAUCUGUAAUGAGAUCUGAUGCCCUCUUCUGUCAUGCAGGCAUACAUGCAAAUAGAACACUUAAAUAAAUAAUAAAUAAAACUCUUAAAAAGUAUUAAAAUAAUAAUAAAAAUACAAUUCUUUAAAAGAAAGGGCUAGGGAGAUGAUUCAGUGGUUAAGAGCUCUUGCUGUUCUUCUGUGGUACUUCAGUUCAGUUCCUAGCACCCACAUCAGGUGCCUCACAACUGUCUGUGAGUCCAGCUCCAGGGAUCAGAUGCAUGUGGCCUUACAGCCACCUGCACUCAUGUGUAAUGCCCAUAUGCACACAUUUACACCUACACAUAAUUUAAAAUAAUAAAAAUAAUUAUUUAAAUAAAAGGAAAAAGUAGCUGGUUGGUGGUGGCGCAACCCUUUAAUCCCAGCACUCAGGAGGCAGAGGCAGGCGGAUCUCUGUGAAUUUGAGCCCAGUCUGGUCUACAGAACAAGUUCCGGGACAGCCAGGGUUACACAGAGAAACCCUGUCUGGAAAAGCAAACAACAACAAAAGAUAAGGAAAAGCCAGGUUGGGAUUAACUGGGGGAAGGAAGGGAACUGUUUGUGGGGGAGUCAUAGGAGGGGUAUAUAUGAGAGAACCAUGUGAGAAAAAAAAGUUUAAUGACAUCACAAUGAUAACACAUGGGAAAAUUUAUGGCUGCAUACAAGUCAUAAAUCAAUGAAGCUGGGCAUGGGGGUUCAUACCUGUAGUCUUAGCACUUGGAAUAUCAGGGCAGGAGGAUCCACCCACAUUCAAAGCCAUCCUCAGCUACAGAGCAAUGUUGAGGCCAGUCUGGGCUAAAUGAAACUGUGUCUUGAAAUUCCCUUCUGAAGGGAAGAUUGAAGCUUGUAAGACUCAGAACGUUCAUGAAGCUUAACAGGGGCAGGACGCUCAAACCCUAAAUGUCUCCAGCAGCUGGAGACACCUGUGCUGCCUUGUCACCUAAGCUCCUGUAAGUCACCCCCUUUUCCCCCACAGGGUAGCUCCUUAGCUCAGUAAGGUGGAACCUUGUGGGAGCCCACAACUGACUCAGUUUCUCAGUUUGAAUCUGAAGUCUAUUUUGAGUCAAUAGAGUUCAAGCUUGCUUGCUUCAGGGCUGUGAGAAAGUCCUGAUUAGCCCAGGGGAAGGAACACACUAUCUAGCUAGACGUAGGCUACUGAUGCCAGCCGGGGGUAUACUGAGAUAGAAAAAGAAACUGCCUGCUCCUUGACGCAAGGCAGGAUAGACAGUGGCUGAAUGCCUGCGCUGUGCAUUGUUCUACCUCUGUCCUUCCAGACUGUAUAUCAGCUGGCUGUGAAAUAAACUCAGGUACUGUCCAGCAUUGACCGGCAGACCUCUUGACUCUUUUCUGUCUUCUUCAUUGUCUCUGCAAUCCACACGCCUCCACCCGGCUACCCAGCUGACUGGUCAGCAAACUCCAACAGAACCUGUGGACCUGUUCCUUUACUCUGGCUUUGGCACCCUUUUUGGGCUGAACAACUGUUUGGCAAUAUCUUCCAUGGAGAAGACACCCAAAUGUUCCCAUCCCCUGUGACUGAGCAGCCCAUGGUCCUACGCAGGGGCAAGUGUGGUCACAUCAAACCUAAGGAUAUGGAGAUCUGAACUCCACUGGGUUGGCUUCCAUGGGCCAGCAAACAGCAUUCCAGGUGAGGAGCAAGACUCAACACUGCUUCCCGGGAGGCACAUAGAGCCUG